GCGCCCAGUAACGAUUUGUUACCGAGCGAAAGCAUCCCAGCAGGGUGACUUGAAGAAGGGAAUGCCUUUGAGCUCAAAUACAGGAGGCUGCGGGGAAAAAAGGGGGAAGAGGAAGACUCAUCCGAGUAGCUCGAGUGGGGGAACAUCCCUGAAAAGCCUGGAGCGGUUUGGUGUGAUGUGCUGCCCUUCGGGGAAGGGGCAGGAAACCUCUAGGCCGGCUUUUCUUUAUUAUAGACAAAUAGAAAAUGGUGUUAUUUCACUUUUGUACAUUCGACAUCUUCACCUGACGCUGACUUACCUGCUGUUGUUUUGUGGCGACAGGAUGUUGGCUUCAAGGGCAUUCAGCCUCGUUGGGAAGAGAGCCAUUUCCACCUCCAUCUGCGUGAGAGCACACGGACACGCUGGUGUUGUCAAAGCGGAGGAUUUCAGCCUCCCAGGCUAUGUCGACCGUCGUGACGUUCCCCUGCCUGAAGUGGCCUUCGUAAGGGAUCUCUCUGCUCAGCAGAAGGCGCUGAAAGAGAAGGAAAAGGCGUCUUGGACUGCUCUGUCCGUUGAUGAGAAAGUUGAACUGUAUCGUAUCAAAUUUAACGAGACCUACGCGGAAAUGAACAAAGGAUCAAACGAAUGGAAGACCGUCAUCGGUGGAGUACUGUUCUUUCUUGGUAUAACUGGUCUCAUCCUCAUCUGGCAGAAACAUUAUAUGUACGGCCCUAUUCCGCACACCUUCUCUGACGAGUGGCUGUCGAUGCAGACGAAGAGAAUGCUGGACAUGCGGAUUAAUCCCGUGGAGGGCAUCUCUUCCCAGUGGGAUUUUGAGAAGAACGAAUGGAAGAAAUGAAGCAACUCAGUGGAACCUGCUCUGCUUGAAUAUGAAAUGAUUCCAUCACCUGUGUGUGACCUCGUUGCUUAUGUACUGGAACAACCUCUCCACCUACAUAGAUGCUAAUAAAUGUCUGGUUAACU